AUGAGCGGGGACCGCAACAAAACCAUCAUCAACGAUGCCAUAAAUAGUCACUGCUCCGAAAAAAAUAUCAUCCCAGAAACUCAGUUUGGAUUUAGAUUUCACCAUUCUACUGUGCAUGCUAUAACAAAAUUCACUUCGGACAUCUGUUGGGUUAGAAAAGCCGGUGACUGCGUUGGCGAGUGCUUCAUAGAUCUGGAAAAGGCAUUUGAUACCGUAUGGCUAGAUGAAUUGUUUUUCAAGCUACUGAAGAAAGAUUUCCCCAAGCAUUUAAUUAAAAUUCUUUGGGAUAUGCUCCAUGAGAAGCGCUUUUUUGUCACGGAAGGUAAUAGUAAAUCCACUAGAGACUUUUUAAUUGCAAAUGGAUUGCAACAAGGUACAGUAAAUUCCCCUAUCCUGUUCAACAUCUACAUCAGCGACUUGCUCCAAAUGUAUGGCCUGAACAAUACAGACGAAAAAACCAACAAAUCUGCAAUAGCUUUCGCCGACGAUCUACUAAUUUACAUAAAAAACAGCAAACCAUCGAUCAUAAAAACACAAUCACAGGAUUUAUUUGAAAAAGGACGGGACUAUUUCCAAACCUGGAAAUUAAAAAUUAACACACAAAAGUCACACGAUAUAAAUGAAAAAAUCCCUCAUAAAGAUACGGUAAGAUACCUCGGCGUAUUCCUCGAUUUCAAGUUAAACCACAAUAUUCAUGUCAACAUACAAAUUCAAAAAGCCAGCAGAGCAUUUAUAGCAAAUAGAAGUCUAUUUCACUCAAAAGAAUUACACAAAUCCGUAAAGAUCAUCUGCUAUAAAACUCUAAUAAGACCAAUUCUAACGUACGGCUGUCAAAUAUGGUUCAAUAUUUUCGCCGGUACAAUGGAAAAACUACGAGUUUUCGAAAGAAAAUGCAUUAGGGCCUGUCUGGGCAAGUAUAGAUCGCCAGAGUCGAACUAUACUAAACUGAUCAGUAAUUAUAAGUUAUAUGAAGAGGCUAUGCUGGUUCGUAUUGACUUUUUCAUGGUAAAACUAAUCAGGGAUCAUUGGUCCAAG